GUCAGGAAGGGGCGGAACCUGAGUUCUGGGGCAGUGGCAGCAGCAGCGAUGGCGAUUUUUAGUGUAUAUGUGGUGAACAAAGCUGGUGGCUUGAUAUACCAGCUGGACAGUUACGCACCACGGGCAGAGGCUGAGAAAACGUUCAGUUACCCGCUUGAUCUACUGCUCAAAUUACACGACGAGCGCGUACUGGUUGCCUUCGGCCAGCGCGAUGGCAUCCGGGUGGGUCACGCAGUGCUGGCUAUCAAUGGGAUGGACGUGAACGGGAAGUACACGGGCGAUGGGAAGGAGGUGUUGGAGUACCUUGGCAACCCUGCUAAUUACCCGGUGUCCAUUCGAUUCGGCCGACCCCGCCUCACCUCCAAUGAAAAGCUCAUGCUGGCCUCCAUGUUCCACUCGCUCUUUGCCAUCGGUUCCCAGCUGUCUCCUGAACAGGGCAGCUCAGGCAUUGAGAUGUUGGAGACAGACACAUUCAAACUGCACUGCUUCCAGACACUGACAGGGAUCAAGUUUGUGGUGCUGGCGGAUCCUAGACAAGCUGGAAUCGAUUCUCUUCUUCGAAAGAUUUAUGAGAUAUACUCAGACUAUGCCCUCAAGAAUCCAUUCUACUCCCUGGAAAUGCCCAUCAGGUGUGAGCUGUUUGACCAGAAUCUGAAGCUAGCCCUGGAGGUUGCAGAAAAGGCUGGAACUUUUGGACCUGGGUCAUAG